CAAUAUAAAAAGAGUGUCAUGAAUGUUGGAGAUGUUAUUUUGUUGCAUUAGUUGAAUCUUUGCUACCAUGAAAGUGAUAAGUCUUAUACCAUUUGUCAUCGGUUUAAUAGGUUUUGAAAAUUGUUUAAAAGAAUCACCAGAUAAUUGGAAACAUGGGCCAGAAUAUUCUUUUCGUGUUGGAGUUAAUUCAUCAUUUCAAUUUAAUGAAACUGAUAAAUUUAUGUAUUCUAAUGUGACAAUUAUCUUGAAAUGCCGUCCUUUUGUUUCUGGCUCAGAAAAUCGUACCAAUGGUCUUCAAUGUUACGUUAAAGAAUCUCAAUUACAAAAUUUUGAUGUCGACAAAUCGUCAAAUCCAUCAGCUAUCAUCGAAGCUGACCCUAAAUCUGAUUUGGAAAUAGGAGCAUUCAAAUUUGAGCUUCUAUAUGAUAAAAGAGGUUUAAAAGAAAUCAAAAUAGAUCCAGCACUUACAGGAUGGCGUUUAAAUAUAAUUAGAUUAAUAGCGAGUCAUUUAAAUUUUGGAUUUGAUAAAUUUGAAAAAGGAGGCGAAAGAUUUGCCGUUGUUAAAGACGUAGGGACAGAAAAUUCGACUCUAGGUGAAUGUGAAACAAACUUUGAAGUGUCGAAACAAAUAAAAGCUAAAGGAAAGCAAUGGUCCAGUAAAUGUGGAGAUAAAAUAUAUCUAGAAAUGUAUGCUUAUGGGAAUAAAAAUCCUAUGAUUGCAAUGGACAAAACACGGAACAUGGAGAAAUGCUCAAAAAUCACUCCUUAUUUUCUUGGGGUUGAUGACAUAAAGAAAAAUGAAUCAGUCUUCAAUAUCAAAAUGACUUCUUCAGUAACUUCAUUCUUCAUGGCACCACAUAGUUUUCAAUCUUCGAGUCAACAGCAAGCAACCAUAAUUCUUCCUCUUAAUGAAACAAAAUUAGGGACGACAAAUGAAAAUAUUUGUUUAUAUUUGGAAAAUAUUGAGCCAGCUUCUGAAGAAUUUAAACGGAUUCCAACACCAAGUACUACUACGAUGUUUUCGAAUGAUGAAGUUCACAAAAGUUGAAUCUCAUUAAUAAUUAUAGUAAGUAAUACAUUAGAUUAAAUUUAACUAUUCUAUUAAUGUUAUAAACUAAAUAAUUGUAGAAAGAUAUCUAUCUAUAUAUUAUAAUUAUAUAUUUUUGACAGAUGAAUAUAAAAACAAGAUAUUUUUUAUAGUUACUUUUAUUAAGUAUAAAUUAUAAUUACAUGAAAAUCACUAUUUGAUUUUAUGUAGCUUCUGUUUUUAUCAAUACGAAAUAAUUUUACAGUGAAAUAAAUUUUCAUUAUUAUUCCUAUAAUUAAUAAUAAAUUUUAAAAAGUCAAAUUACUCUUCUAAAAUAUGCUCUCACUUCAGUUUUAAUAAAUUUAUUAUGCUUUAAAUGGUAAGAAAAAAAUUGCAUGAAUACAUUGCAAAUGCCCCUAUGCAUUUGGGUAAGAGAAAAAUUUUUUUAAUUGAUAAAAAUUUUUAUAUUUAAUAUAUCAAUUUUAUAUAUAUUCAAGUAGAAAUUCCAAAAGUUUGUAUGUUUGUUUGUGAAACAAUCAUCGAUAUCGUCUCUUUUAAAUGACAAAUUUUAAAAAAUUUUCUUUUGAAUUACAAAGUUGAAUAAAAAUGAAUUAUUAUCCCA